AUGAAUUCUCAAUCCUUGAUUAUUCUUUCCAUUCUUUUUGCGUUUGUGAUGUUAUUUACUGUUGAAUCGGUGACAGGUGAAUUGGAUGCCGUCGAGCUCAUGACUCAUCAUUUGCAAAAACGCCACUGCUUUUGCGGUCCUUCGCAUGUGCCUUGUGCUUGUGAUGAACUUAACAAUGAAAUGACGGUGAGUUUUUGUGGUCAAUUAUACACAAUUUUGUGUCACGAUUAUGAUUAA